CAGCAAUGUAAACCGAUACAUUCAUCCAGUGGGAGUGUAUCGUAAAACAUUUAUACGAAAAACAAUCCUAUUUCUUCCUUCUGAACGCAUCCAGACAAGAGCAGCGCGCCAUCCACCAGCCAGAACGUGACCUCCUGUCCAUUUCGCGAAUUUCCACCAGCCGGGAAAACGUACGGGGACGAAUCCAGCGCGCGCUCAGCAACGGUCCAGCUCUCUCUCCGACCAUUGAUAUUCCAGCCGCUUUUGUCGGCUCGUUUUUCACAGGAAUGCAGACGAACAACAGCUCGGAUGCCGAAAUGGAACGUUUGUCAAUGCGGCUUGAUCAGAUGGAAAGCUGGGAAAUUGCCCGAUUCGUUCUGGUGACUGCGGUCCGGCUAUUCUCGAUUUUCAGCUGCGCCGCCAUGAUUAAAUUCGUGCUGAAACACCGGCCUAUCCGGAACAAAGUUAACGCGUUGCUGGUCAAUUUGUGCCUUGUUAUUAUAGCGAAUUUGAUUUACUGCACCGCGUACCAGUUUUUCCGGUGGAAAAACACCUUGUUACCCGAGGAAAUCUUCCAAUUAGUCACUUUCCUCUACUACAUCCUUUACACAUCUCUCAUUACCGCCAUAACGAUCUUACCCACAUUCUGGUUCCUCUUCUUAAACCUCAAAAACCUAUUUCAAAAUUUCGAUAAACUCAUCCUAAUCGGACUUCUACCGCCUUACCUCAUUCCAUCAAUUUUCACAGUCCUAUUCUGGGAUUUCAACCAACUAAACCUUCACAAGUUUUAUUAUUAUUUCAUCCUUUACUAUUCAGUCAGUUUACUCUUAACUCUAACAAUUUUACUCUACUUCAUCAUGUUGAAACUGGAAGAAAGGUUGAACAAAAACAAACUGGAUUAUCUCCUUCACCUUGGUACAUCAUUUUCAAUAUCCCUAUUUCCAGAAGUUUUGUGCUUCACUUUCGAACUGUAUUUUUUCGACGAGAAGGGACCGUUAUACUACAAGAUUUAUUAUGUGGAUUUUGGGGUUGAUUUGACGAAAUGCGUAGUUCCUUUGGUUUUGUUCACGUGGCUUGUUGUCAGUAACAAGUAUUUCAGGAAAGCUUGUAGGAGAGUCUUUGCGAGGAAGAAUUUCGAACGUAUAUUUCACGUGAACAAGGAAAAUAAUGAGAAAACAAAUGAAUUCGAUACGGAAAUGGAUUUUAAUGAAGUAUUUUUAUGAUUGUGUGAAUUUCAUAAGACUCGUACAAAUCUCUCAAAUAUUUGCUUUCUAAUCACGAUAAGAGGAUGAAUUUUGAAUAUAUCAAAUAAAAGGCGUCCCAAUUAA